CGUUGAGGGAGGCGUCACUCAGAUUUCUGUACAUCCAACUGCAGCGCGCGCAAUUAACCAUCCAGUUGCAUUGCUAAACAUGGUAUACGGCUCUAAGCGCCACCACCCAGUCCCCAAAUGAAACUUCGUCGUGGUUUCCGAUCGAUCUUCACCGGCACGGUUCUUCAUUGCCAUCUAUAUGUCCCCCAUCCUCUUCGUUUCUACUUCGUUUUUAUUCCAUCUCCAGAACUCCACCGCCCCUCGAGAAGAGGCAGAGGAAGAGCGCAGGACGAUCGAGGAGAGGACAAUGCAUCCGGGUGCAGUUGCUGUUGGUGUUGGAGCAGCAGGUCGUGCGGUGAUGGACGUGCGCGCGGCGGCGAGGGCUAGCAUCAUACUCGGCUUGGCGAUGGCUGCCAUAGCCCUCGUCGCCGCUACCAUGAUCAAGCCCAGCAACUUCCACGCCCAGAUCAUCGAUGAGCACGCGGCGCCAUCGCCGGCUCCGGCGCCCGGGGCGCGGCAAUGCGCGGCGACGGAGGCGGAGGCGCUCGGCAUGCGUGGGGUAGCGCUGCAGCUGGUGCUCAUGGGGUUGCUGGAGGCGGUGUUCGCCGCGGCGGCCGACGUGGCCUUAGCUGGUUCGCGCCCCGUGCUGGGCCGGUGGCUCGCGGUCUUAGCGCACGUCUACGGCACCGCCAAUGCCUGGUCCCUCUGGUACGUCCUCAACGGAGCGGCGGUCGUCGCCGUUGGCCACUGCGCCCGCGGGCACCUCGCCUACCUCCUCAUCGGCUACGUCCUCCUCGCCAUGUCCUACGCCGUGCUGCUCGGCGUCAGCCUCGCCGUCACACUCUGCUGGUAGAACUAGGACCCAGAAGCUACGCACUGCAUUACUAGCCGGCACUGAUCCCCUUUAGCUUAAUUAGACUAUCUAGCUUCCAGCAUCUAUCUUCUUCUACCUAGCUAGAAGAACUGCUACGUGAAUCGGUCGAUCAUGUGCGCCUGUAACGUUAAGAUCUCUCUUCUAUCUGAGAUGUAUGUACUCUGUUCUUGUGUUUGUGGGCUUGUCGCUCUUUCCUUACUUAGUAAACCCAAGUUCUCUCA